AUGACUCUUACAAUGUCGUUUACAACGUUCACUUCAUCAAAUUUAAUCGUGAUAAUCCAAUUAUUUAUAAUAACAUAUGUAGCAAGAUAUUAUUACAAAUAUUUUACCCGUCAAUCGCCUCUUCCCGGUCCAUUCCCGCUCCCGUUGGUUGGUAAUUUAUUUCAAAUCGGAUUAAAUCCAGCGAAAUACGCAAUAGAUCAUCACCAUGAAUUUGGUAAAAUGUUUGAAAUAUGGGUCGGAAACAAUCGAUUUAUUUUUCUCUCUCAUCAUUCUUUAACUGAAAAAAUCUAUAUAUCAAACAUAAAUAAUAAAUUCUUUAAAAGAAUUCAAGUUCCAUAUUUGGAAAAGAUCGGAUUACAACAUGGUUUAAUAUUUAAUAAUGAUUAUCAAAUCUGGAAACGAAAUAGGAAAUUCGUUGUAUAUUCACUAAUGUCACCUAGAUUCCUUAGACAAUUCACUUGGCUAACACAAUCAUAUUUUAAUGAAAAUGAAAGUUUCUGGGAUAAAAAGGAAUAUCACAUUGAUCUCGCUAAAUGGAUAAAACAUUUUACAACCGACAUCACCUUAAGAACCAUUACACGUAGACCUUCAUAUUGUCUUAAUACAUUUUUGUUUGGUGAAAACCAUACGGAUCCAAUCAAUUCCGAAGAAAUUAAAAAAUCUGUUAAAUUCAGUCAUGCGGUUCAAACUUUUUUUAAAGGCGUCAUAUUUGAAUUUUUCGUUCCUAACGUACUUAAACAUUAUUUUCCGGGAUUCUAUGAUAUGAAUAAGAAUUUCAUAAAGAAUACGGAUUGGUUAAAUGAGACAAUUUCUGAUAUUAUCAAGAAAAGAAGAAUGGAAAUUGAGAAUGAUGAUGAGGUAGGUUCGGAUUUGAUAGAUGUCCUAUUGACGUUAAACACUCCACGUGAUCUGAACGGAUAUAAUGAAAAUGAAAAACCAAUGAGUGAUCAAGAAGUUCGUGCCACCAUUAUGGAGGUGAGCAUAGCCGGUGUAGAUACAACCGCGAAUACAUUCUGUUUCUUAGUUUGGCAAUUAUCUCAUCAUCCUAAAGUUGUUGCACGUUUUCGAGAAGAAAUGAAAGAAAUCCUAGGGUAUGACACAACAAGACAGAUAACCUAUGAAGAUUUAGAAAAAUUCAAAUAUCUUGACGCCAUUAUUAAAGAAUCUCAACGAACAAUUUCACUUGUACCAUUUUCAUCCCGUACGUCCACAGGGAACGAUGUUAUAGGAGGAAAGUGUUGGGGGUCAAAUACAAUAUUCUUUAUUCAUCAUGAACAAAUUCAUAAUUCACUUGAUUGUUGGAAAAAUCCUGAUCAAUUUAUUCCCGAAAGAUUUUUAAAAGGGUCUGGUCAUGAAAUCGUCAAGAAUAGUUUCAUUCCUUUCGGAGGUGGUAUAAGAAUUUGCCCGGGAAGAAAUAUGGCCCUUGUAGAAUUGAAAACUUUGUUGAUUUUAUUGUAUAGAAAAUAUGAUAUUGAAUUGGUUGAUAAGGUCUCGAAGAAACCGAAAACCAUAUUUGUUGGAACCAAUUCUUGCACUGAUUUAAAAGUCAUUGUACGCCCCAGAAAUUAUAACAAUGUAUAA